UUUAAAGUUUAUCAGCUGAUAUCGCUGGGUCGAAAUAUUACCAAUUAAUUCUGAUUACUUUGUAUUAAUCCUCAAAAUAUCAUAAAAUGUAGUAAACAAUUGUAGUUUUAUCACGCGAGUUAGUCUUAGCAUUACAAUUGUGCAUGAUAAACGUGUUCGAAAGUUGUCUUCAAGAAUUUACAAUUCUAACCUCAAAAUUGUAAACAAACAAACAUCAAAAAAGGGUCCAGAAUGAGCGUCGAAGGUGUUAUGGUUUCCUACAACUAUUCAGAUGACGGCGAACUGGCGAACAUCCUAACCGUAUCAGCAUCUGGUUUAAAAUUUUCCAACCGAUGGGUCCUCACUCACGGCUCCAUACUCUCCCCUUUAAAACAGGCGAAUGCCAUCAAAAAUGCUCGAGGAAGACCUUUAAUGAACGAGGAGUUCUACAACGAUUUACCAGAGAUAUACGUGACGUGUGAAAAGGCUGCGUCAAAAGUGCCAAAUGUUUAUGAGGAUGUAGAGAAAUUAAGUAGGGAGAGGAGUUUGGAUAAUGAUAUCGAUUUUGAACACAGCAGUUACCAAGUCAGAGUCCUUACUGGGAGAAUAUGCCACAUAUGGCAAUGUCCAGUGCUGGACCGAUGCGUGGACGACAUCUUAUACAGUUGGACCAUCGGCCACCAAGACGGCGAUAUGGAGAAACAGACUCGGCUGGGAAAGGCAUUACUGUCUGUCUUCGUGCUGGUUGAUUUGGAGGGUGAUUACAGAGGUCUCAAAACUCUCAGACCGCUGUCAGAACUACUAGAUAUGGUGAAGCCACCGCCUGACCGAGGGACUAGUAUUCAAGUACAUUCCACACCUUUUGGAUGCGAGGCUUUCUUGAACGCAGUGACCCGAGGCGCCAUAUGUGGAGUAGUUGGCAAAAGACCCUCCCUACUUCUCACAGAUGCAGCCACCGCUUUAGGCUCUGAAGGAGGACCAGUUUUCACAGAAGGGCCACACAAGGAGCUGGUAGGCACGGUGGUGUGCAGCGUAUCGUGGUGGCGCGGCGAGUGGGUGGGGCUGACACUAGUUGCGCCUCUACGCGCCGUGCUGGCGGCCAAGCUACGAGUCCCCACCAUGCAUCCCCCUAGGGCGCCCGCUUCGCCGCUCUACUCCAAGAUACUCAAGAUCGUGGACCGCACAACGAUGCUGGUGCGUUGCGGCGCGGCGUGGGGCGCGGGCGUGUGGCUGGGCCGCGGGCACGUGCUCACUUGCGCACAUGUCGUCAAAAACCACGCAUCGUACAAAGUGUCCCUGUACUGCCAAAACAAAAAGGAAACCGCCAUGGUGCGAUACAAGACUAAAGACGACAAAGCUUACGACUUAGCACUGCUUUACACCAAUCCUGAUAACUGGACACAUCUCAUUCCCGCAGAAUUCGCCGAAGAACCCGCUGAAAAAGGUGAAUCGGUUCUAGCAGCUGGUUACCCGUACUUCAACGAGAACAAUCUAGAAGACUUGAAACCCACAGUGACUAGUGGUCACAUAAACAAUGUCUCCCCAUCUAUGAUACAGACUUCGUGUUGCGUACAAUCUGGUUUCAGUGGCGGCCCCAUAUUCCGUAUAACUAAGGAGUUGAAGGUAGAAGUACUAGCGACUAUCGUGAGCAACGCAAAAGCGCAAACCGGCGCAAGCUUUCCUUACGUCAACAUGGCGGUCCCCACCAGAGCGUUCAUACGGCUUGUGCAACAUUUUAUAUUGGACAGAGACGAAACAAAACUAUCUUCAAUUGAAAACAACAAAGAAAUGGUCCAAUCGCAAUGGAGACUACUGCCAUAUAGAUCUAAGAUAUAGAAAUACGUAUCGUUUUUUUACUUUAGUAAAUAUUGUGAUAUAAUUGUAAAUAUUAUGUACCUAAUCAGGAAUAAAAUAUACUAUUUUUUAUACUUA